CAUGUUUAUAUUCAAUAUAUAGCUCAUUUCAUGUUUACAUUUCAUUUAUAUAGUUUUUUCUGUGGAAAAUAUUUACUGCAGCACUAAGGCUAAUAGAAAUUAGUUGAAAAUCCAACCGAUAUUAAUUUGGUUGUUUUACUAAAUACUCAGUCAUCGCCUAGCACUCGAAGGAGUCGGUACGUGUUCUUACUUCUCAUUUCGUUCUUAAAACGUUGCUUUUAGUCAAAUAUGGAUACAAUCCCGUGCGGAACUGGAGUAUUGUAUACCAAAGAAAAUUAUCUAUACAAAUGUAAUACAACAAAACACGGAGUGAAAUAUUUGAGAUGUUCGAACACCGUGUGUCCUAGCCGUGGGACGUACCAGGACGGCAAUUAAUUUCAUCCUUCAAUACACAACCACCCCCCGGAUGAAGUUGAUAUCGAACUGAGAAGGCUACGCGUCGAAAUCAAGGCUGAAGCCCUGAACAGCCGACUCAACCCGAGGGAGAUAUUCGAUGCAGUCUGCCAAAGGUAUGUGUUUUGAGAAUCCAUUUUUUGUAUGAUAUAAUAUUAUUCAAAAUAGUUUUAAAAGUUUUAUUAUAUUCAUUCUUCAGCGGGUACUCAUACAAGUACCUCCUUGAUCAAGAUGAUAGCUUCAUAUAAAUGUCAGUUAAAGUUACUACCAGUCGGAUCGAUUUCUCAUACAUGAAUAAAUUGAAAAAUUCAAUUUUGGAAACCGCAUCCCUAUCCUCUCUUUUAGGUCCAGGAAAUGUGACCACAUUUUUUUGGAAGUGGAUUUUAUCGCUCCAUUUCAUUAAAUUUCUGUCCUUAUCUCUCACCAAGUAUGAAUAUGCAAAAGGAACGUCAUCAUCAUCCCCAUCAACAAUGUCCGAAAUCUUAUCAUAAGGUUGUUGAAGUACUUCUCCAGCAUUAAAAUCUUGGAUAUCUUAUACGACAAUAUCUUCUCCAUCACCAUCAUUGUCAUUCUCCACAAAAAUUCAGUUCUCAUCUGAUGACUCUUCGUGACACAGUUCUUGGAAAAGUGCAUCACACAUAUAAUUCGUUUUGCCAAAGCAAAACACGAGUAGGCGCGCGGGGUACACUUGUACCCCAGAGCAAUUCAAACUAUAAUAACUCAGCUAUCAAUUCCUGUUAACAUUUCGAGUCGCUUGUAUCUUGUAACUGAAGAUUUGGUUUGAAGGUACUGUAAUGCCCACCCUCCCCUGGUAACAGGAUGAGAAAGUUACUGAGUAAACAAAAUUGUGUGGGGUGCACCUGUACCCCGCGCGCCGCCUACUGGAGGGUUAAUGAGGAAUACUGACAGUCAACCAACUGUUAUGCAUAUUCUACAAUAUUUUUAUCGAAAGCUACUUUCUAUUUUCUUUGAUAAAACAGUCAAUGUUUGAGAAUGAUUGAUUCAUGGGAAAAGUGCCUUACUUCUAUGGAAGAUAUUUUUACAUUAGGUAAAGCAACAACAGCUAUUCAGCCGUUUUAAUGAAUAACCCCUUUUUUUCGCCCAAGUUGAAUUUUGACCGAAUUUCCUCAUUCUCUGCAAACAGAUUCCACAACGGACACUUCCGAAGCUUCAAAAAUACCCUUUAUAUAUCAAACUGAAUUAUUGAAAAUUUCAUCGAAAUUGUUUAAGCAGUUUUGGCGAUCUGUCGGAUAUACAAACAAAAUUAGUCUUGACAGAAUAGGAUCAAAAUUAUGGAUGGAAGCAACUGCCGUUAUAACAGUUUUGUUUUAAGAAAAAUAAAAAUUAUCUAUACUUCCAGGAAUAGCUCUGAUUGAAGCAGCAGUGCCCAAUCAAUUUGUUCUCGAUAGAUGCAUUUUAUUGGAAAAUCUUACAUAAAAUCCAUUGAUUUUCAUACUGAAGUUAUUUUGAAUCUAUGGUUAACCGCUGAUACAACCUUGGUGGGACACCGUAUAGUAAUAAAAUAGGCUAGAUUAGGUCAAACAGUAGAGUCCAGUAACUCAGUAAAUUGAGUUGAAUGUUGUGCAUUUUUAGUAAUUAUAAAUGAAUCGUAGGCUACAUGUGUCGUCGUGGUUCAUUUUGUUUUCUCUAUACUUCUUAAAACCUUUCUAUAAACUUUUGUUCCCUUUCAGAUAUCCUAGAGCUGCAGUUAGGCUGGGAUAUCCUAGCAUCCGCAGCUCUAUUUACCGGCAUCGGCAAAUGGGAUUGCCGCCAAUGCCGCACUCUCUGGCUGAUUUUUCAGCCAUACUCCAGAGAGAAGAGUGGCUGCACCUGCGAAUGAGAGGUUGUGCAAGGAGGGGUGAAGGACGAGGAAGAGGUGGUCGAGCAAUUGGCGAGAGAGGUGGAGAAGGAAACCUUGAUUUCAUGAACAACCCAUGGCCCGCAGACCAAGCCGAGGCCGAACAACUGAGCCAGAGGCAGAUGGCGUACCUGGCUAGAGUGGCAGUUAACGCGGAUGAUGCCGUCGCAGGUGAAGGCGACUUGGUAUGCGUCGCCUGCGCGGUCCACAAGCGCUCCUAUAUGACGCAGCCUUGUGGGCAUUUUGUACUGUGUGGCACCUGUGUGCUGGUUCAUCGCCGCACAGUCAACUACAGGGGUGUUCUGCCGCAACCCAUUAUUUGCCCCGUAUGUAGGAGCCCCUUGACGGGAUACUGCAGGGUGUUCCAAUAAUGAUAAAAAUGAAAAUGAAAAUAAAAUUUAUUCUAUAUAUACAUA